UCAAUGAGCAUCCUAUUCUUGUUGUUCUUGACACUGUAAACAAUGAGCUCAUUUGUUUGUUACCAGACUUGUCUUUCCUUGUUAUGCUCUUUUACUGAGAGUUGAGGAGGAGAGAGGGAGAGGAGAGAAGAGAGGGGUUGUUUUGGGUGGUGGCACACAAUCAAUGCAUGCUUGUGUGGCUUGACCAUUGUAGUAAUGGAGCUGAUGGCAGAGGUGGCCUGCCUUUAAUUUGCUGCAGGGAAGGGUUGGUGAAGAUGAACAAACAGGGAGGGAGACAUUAAAAGAGAAAGAGUGAGGAGGGACAGAGAGAGAGAGAGAAAGCAGUUGGGAGGGAGAGUCAGUGAGCGUGCGAGCUCGGUGUUGUUUCAACCUUGACAAGGAAAGAUCUGUUUUGACUUCUUUCUGGACUGUCUUGGAGGCCACAAGAUCAUCCCCUUUGAUCUGUUUUGUGUGCUGUGUUGCUUCUCUCUUUGGUUGAAUCGUUGAGGUUUCGCUGGAUCUCUGUUCCAUUUGCUUGCCUUCCUCCACCUCCUUGUUCUGGUCUGAAUCCAGCUCUGUUGGGUUUGGCUCUUUGGCCUCUGAUCUGAUUGAGAAAAAGGAAAAGGAAAAGGGGUUUUGUGUUCGGAAAUCAUACUUUCAACCUUUUGUUUCGCUACUCCCCCUCUCUCUCUUUCCUUCGAUGGAUGAGGUCCGAGUCUUCUCAAAGUUGUCAUCUUUGCGAGCCUUCAAUGGGAGUGGCGGAGAUUAGGGUUUGAAUGUUGCAAAAGCAAAAGUUUACUGAAUCUUUACCUUUACUUCCAUUCUCUUUUCCAGCUCGAUCUCGUCUGGAUCAUUUGGAGUUUAGUUUUUGAAAGAAAGUUCGGAUCUUUACACUCUUUGUGCUCCUCCGAAGCGAGACUUUUGAUCUGAGCCUGAUGGCCUUCUAAGGUUCUUGGCUGGGAGGGCUUGGAUGAGCAGCAUACAUGCAUCUCUCUCUAUGGAAGCCCAUUUCCCACUGCGCCGCCCUGAUCCUCGACAAGAAGAGCCGGUGGCGAGGCGGCGCCGCCACCGGUGGUUCGUCGGAGGAAGGGGCCAGGCAGCGGCGGCCCUCGAUGCUCCGGCAGCUGCAGGAGAGCAAGCUCCGCGAGGCCCUGGAGGAGGCCUCUGAGGAUGGCUCCCUGUUCAAGUCCCAGGGCAUGGACCCCGAGGCCGAAGACGAGGGCUCCAUCAGCCGGUCGAGAUCGCUCGCCUGCCUCCGCGCCCAGCGGGAGUUCCUGCGGGCCACCGCCCUCGCCGCCGAGCGCACCUUCCUCUCCGCCGAUGACAUUCCCGCCCUCGAGGAGGCCUUCUCCAAGUUCGUCAUCAUGUACCCCAAGUACCAGUCGUCGAACAAGAUCGACAGGCUGAGGUUGGACGAGUACUGCCACCUCUCCGCCGCGGGCGCCAGGGUGUGCCUCGACUACUGUGGCUUCGGCUUGUUCUCCUACCUCCAGAGCUUCCAGAGUUGGGAGUCCUCGGCAUUUAGCCUCUCGGAGAUCACCGCCAAUUUGAGCAACCAUGCUCUAUACGGUGGCGCCGAGAAAGGCACUGCCGAGUACGACAUCAAAACUCGGAUCAUGGACUACCUGAACAUUCCUGAGAAUGAGUAUGGUCUCGUCUUCACCUUCAGUAGAGGUUCUGCUUUCAAAUUGCUCGGCGAGAGCUACCCAUUUCGUGCGAACAAGAGGCUGUUGACGAUGUUUGACCACGAGAGCCAGUCUGUGAAUUGGUUGGCCCAGAGUGCUAGGGACAAGGGAGCCAAGGUCCAUAGCGCAUGGUUCAGGUGGCCGACGCUGAAGCUCUGCUCUACGGAGCUGAGGAAGCAGAUCUGUGGCAAGAAGAGGAAGAAGAAGAAGGACUCGGCGACCGGGCUCUUUGUGUUCCCCGUUCAAUCGAGAGUGACUGGGGCAAAGUACUCGUACCAGUGGAUGGCUUUGGCCCAGCAGAACAAUUGGCAUGUGCUGCUCGAUGCUGGGUCUCUGGGUCCCAAGGACAUGGAUUCUCUGGGUCUGUCGCUCUUCCGACCAGAUUUCAUCAUCACAUCCUUCUACCGGGUGUUUGGAUUUGAUCCGACAGGUUUCGGAUGCCUCCUAAUCAAGAAAUCUGUGAUGGGAAGCUUGCAGAACCAGAAUGGCUGUACUGGAUCAGGAAUGGUGAAGAUUGUUCCUGUGUUUCCUCAAUAUCUGAGUGAUUCUGUAGAUGGUCUUGAUUUGUUGGUUGGAAUCGAUAAUGAAAGGAUCGUUGAAAAUGGUGAAUCAUCCAUGUCUGAUGCUCAUAGAGGAUCCCUGUUGCCUGCAUUCUCAGGUGCAUUCACAUCAGCUCAAGUAAGAGAUGUGUUUGAGAGCGAGAUGGAUCAGGACAACAGCUCCGAUCGUGAUGGGGCAAGUACAAUCUUUGAGGAGACAGAGAGCAUUUCAAUCGGGGAGGUAAUGAAGAGUCCAGUUUUUAGUGAGGAUGAAUUAUCAGACACUUCCUUCUGGAUUGAUUUGGGGCAGAGCCCAUUUGCAUCAGACCAUUCAGGGCAGUUGAACAAGGUGAAGAAGUUGGGAUCUCCAAUGCCGCCGUCAUGGUUUACCAGAAGGAAGAAUAAUAAAAGGGUGUCACCGAAAGUUGCAUCCAUGAACUCGAGGAGGCCUAUUGGUGAUGAUCAUGUCCUAUCUUUUGAUGCAGCUGUUUUAUCAGUCUCACAAGAACUAAACCAUGUAAAGGAAGACCGAGAAGAGCCUUCAGAUUAUGGGACAAAAGAUUCAUGCUUCCAUUAUGCGAGUGAGAUCAAGGAAGAAUCCAAAGUAAAAGAUGCAACAGGCAAACGUGCCAUCAAGUUUUCUUCCGCCAAUCGAAGUAAAAUCAUUAGCUCAACUUCUGUUUGUGGAUGGGAUGAUGAUUACGAGAAUGGCACAACUUCUGAAAUUUACCCUGAAAACCAUACCGAGUUCAAAGACAGUGCCAUAAGAAGGGAAACAGAAGGUGAGUUUCGGCUGCUAGGGAGAAGGGGAGGAGAUAACAGCAGGUUUAUGGGUGGAAAGUUCCUGGGUGUGCAAGAAAGUGAACUAGCAUCAAGUAUGGAUCGAAAGGUCUCUUUCAGCAUGGACGGCAACGGAGCUGCAGAAGUAUCUUAUCAUAAUUCUGAUGCUGGUGAAGUGUCUGGGCGUGCACUAGGUUUAGGUUAUGACGAUUAUUAUGACAAUGCCAUUCAUGAUGCUGAUGAUAAUGAUGCUCAGGAGUGGGGCAGAUUGGAGCCUGAAAUUUUGUGCAGAAAUCUUGAUCACGCGAACAUGAUGGGUCUCAAUAAAACAACUCUAAGACUACGAUAUCUGAUCAACUGGCUUGUGACAUCAUUACUGCAGUUGCAAUUACCAGAUCCUGUUGGGGGCAGCAGUGUGCCAAUUGUCCAGAUCUAUGGCCCAAAGAUUAAAUAUGAAAGGGGUGCAGCUGUGGCAUUCAACGUGAAGGAUCGUAGUGGGGCAGUGAUCAAGCCAGAAAUUGUUCAAAAGCUGGCUGAGAAAAAUGGUAUCUCCCUGGGCAUUGGCUUUCUUAGUCAUAUAAGUGUCAUGAACAAUCAGAAAAAUCUACAUGGAGAAGGUUUAACAGAUACUUCAUUCCACCAUCCUGCAAACAAUCGCCAGGAGACUAAGAGUGAUAGUAAGAAUACUGUGACCAGGGUGGAAGUUGUUACUGCUUCGUUGGGGUUCCUCACAAACUUCGAGGAUGUGUACAGGUUGUGGGCAUUUGCGGCCAAGUUUUUGGAUCCUUCAUUUCUCAAGAAUGAUAGAUUGUCCACCAUUGCAGAGACUUCGGAGACAUAGCACUGAUGUUUGAUUCCUCCAGAUUUUCUCCAGAUUGAAGUGAAACCGGCAGCCUCCUGUGUUGCUCAACAAACACGAACUAUCAUGAGCAGCUGUGAAGGUUUGUUUAGGAGAUGCAGAUAAUUAAAAGCACAAUAUGGGAAUUUAAUCCUUUUCUGUAUUUCUUAUGCAUCAUCGAAACUUUUGACCUAAAAUAAUUGACAAUUUGUGGUGCUCAGUUUGCUGUGUUUCACGUGAAUUCGUUCAUUCAUCUUUUUCUA